AUGAGCCACUCCGACCUUCUCGACCGUAUCAACUUCCUGGCCAAUGACCCAGAAUUGGAGACGAUCGAUGACUCCAAUCGCAAGCAAAUCCUCGAGAGCAUCGAGAAGCUGAGACGGAAAGUCGAGACACCGGCUGACUUCACCAUUCGAAGCGUCUUCGGAAGCCACCAGGCAAUGGUACUUCGACUGGCCGUGGAUCUGGGGCUAUUCGACGCUAUCACUCGAGAGGGAGGCACGGCAACCACAGCUCAGCUAGCUAAAACCACUGGGGGCGAUGAGACUCUUGUUUCCCGAAUCACGCGCUUCCUCGCAGCAAUGAACAUCUUCGACGAACUCGGCCCAUCCACCUACAAGGCCACCCGUCUGUCCACAGCCUUCACCUCGCAAUCGCCGCUCUCCGCCGUCGUGAUCCACGCAACACACACCUUAAUAACAAUGUCGCAACUCCCAACCUACUUCGCCCAAACCGGGUGGAAAACCCCAACAGAUGCAACAGACGGCCCCUUCCAACAAACCCACCACACAAGACAAACCUUCUUCGAACACCUCGACACCAACCCCCACAUCCAACAAGCCUUCAACACAGUAAUGUCCAUGGACUUCCGGCGCAGCACGAUCAGACCAUGGUUCGAGCUCUACCCCACCGAAUCCAAACUCCUCUCAACCACGACCACCGACCCAGACCCAAACCGCAUCACCCUCGUCGACGUGGGCGGCAACCAAGGGAAGGAUCUCGUGGCACUAUGCGCACACUUCCCACACCUCUUCAAGUCCACUCCGACCCUUGCACCUUCAACAGCAACAGCGAUAGCAAAACCAACAAAGCAACAAGCAACACCGCCCAAAUUAAUCCUCCAAGACCUCCCCACCGUCCUAGCCUCCAUCCCCGCCUCGACCACUCUACCGGGGUGCAUCACCAUACAACCGCACAAUUUCUUCGAACAGCAACCAACCCGCCACGCAAAGGCGUACUUCCUCCGCACUGUCCUCCACGAUUGGCCCGAUAAGCAGGCGCUGCAGAUCCUGGGACAUCUUCGGGACGCGAUGGCUGAGGACUCGGUGUUGUUGGUCAAUGAAGGGGUUAUUCCGGAGACGGGCGCGGGGUUGAUGGCUGUGCAGACGGAUUUUGUUAUGAUGUGUAACUACGGGGCCAUGGAGCGGACGAAGGCGCAGUGGGUUUCGUUGCUGGAGCGCGGUGGGUUUGAGGUUUGUGGGGUUUUUGGAGAGGAUGAGAAUUGUGGUGAUAAGGGUGGACAGGCAGGGCCUCAAUGGUUUUUGUGGAAAUCAGCUAUUAUUUACACGGAGCAGCCACGAUCUGGUAACACUCAUCAAGCAAAAGCGUAUCAGACCCAAGCACAACAAGCACAUGCCUCAACAUGGCAUCCAGCUUUAGAUGACGCUUGGGGAAACUCUGGCUGACCCAUACUGUCCUGUUCUUGUCGAAAUAUACUUUUGAUAUGGGUACCUCAUCUUUCUCUCCUCUUUCCUUUUCUUGUUUCCAUAUGACACAUUGGGCAACAGAGGUCGUCAGGGUACUCGCGAGCAGCCUUUCUCAUCGAAAGUCUUUGGGAGCCUGUCUGGUGUUCUGACCCUGCGGUGCGAGUGCAUGCUGGUAGUGAUCGCUGUAAAUUGGAUGCGUAUUGGAUGUGGAGCUUGAAUAUGAAUGUUCAAGGGGUUGGUGAGGCUCUGUUCAAUAGUGUCUGUACUGAUAACUCGAGACAUCGUUAAGACCGUGACUCACUAGCGACCGGUGUAAGGUUACAGAAUCCACACGGAGUUCCAUUCCGUUCUCUAGGCUGUGACUCAUCUCGCCUAAUAUGUCGGCGGUUG